UACAAUAUUAUCAAUUGCUGAAACGGAUGCACAGUUGUUCACUAUAAAUCUGAACUCGUUCAAUAACAACAGCGCAGGCAACAACUCGCUGAACAAUAAUGGUAACUCAAUGCAGAGAUUCAAUAUUGUUGGAGGUAAUCAAAGAGGAAAUCAAUCUACUUCAGCUCCACAGACUACUUCUAACCUAUGGUUACAGUUGAUUGAACUUUUUUCUAGGGGUCUCUCUCAAGUGCCAGUGUCUCAAUUUUUCCCCCAAUAUGGUCCUUCUUAUUCAUAUUACG